AUGCUCGCGCUGCGUCGUCGUCUACGUGGGGCGUCCGUCGCUCGUGCAGCCCGUACCGCCUUCAGCCUCUCGCAGCAGCAUCCAGAGCCUCUUGGCAUCCCCACCGCGCGUUUCUUCCAGUCGUUGGGGCUCAGCACUGCGCUCUCCGACCGAUUGACACAAUUGGAACUGACAACCCCCACGUCCGCCCAGCGCAAGGCCAUUCCGCGCAUUCUAGCAGGCGAUGACGUAGUGGUAGCAGCCGAGACUGGAGGCGGCAAGACGCUGGCCUUCCUGCUGCCUGUAAUAGAGCAGAUCCGCCGUAACCCGCUGCCUCCAAGCGAAAUGCGCCUACCGACCGCAUUGAUGCUCACGACGUCACAGGAACUCGUGCGACAACUGGCCAACGUGCUGCAUCAAGUGGAUCCGGAGCUCGCACAGCUUACCGUGAGCUUGUCGUCUUCAAGACAGACACUUGGACACGGUAGCCGAUCGUGUCCACUCGUUCUCGCCACACCCAGUGCUUUGCUACGUGCCACUAAACCCAGAGACUUUGCCUUCACACAGACAGUCGUGGUGGACGAGGCCGACAUGUUACUGAGUGGCGGCUUCGAGAAGGAGACUAAGCAGAUCCUGGCCACGAUCCGGAAUCAACCGCUACUACGAGCGGAGCUUAACAAUGACGAGCAUAAAGACAGAGACUACGGCGAGAAAGACUUCUCUGUAAACCAAACCCAGACCAUUUUCAGUGCUGCGACCAUCCCAGACUACGGCAAGCGCUCAGUGCGCCACUAUAUUGACUACAAGUUCCCGUCCGCCGUCUUCGCUAUUACCGAGGGUUUCCAUCGGACGCUACCAAAACUGACAAUGCACACGCAUAACCUGCAAGAAUUUACGACAACCGAUGACUUCAUGGACGAGCAACACGCUCGCUGUGAACUCUUGUACCGGAUUUUAACGUCUGGAAGUGGUAAAAAGACGCUGGUGUUCACCAACUCGAUCGCCAGUGCCGACGCGCUGUUCGACUUCUUGGCAAAUGACAAGGAAAUGACAAAUUGCGCUCUGUUUCACAAAGAAGUGGCUCGUCCAGAGCGUCAGAGGCUCUUGAAGCGACUGGAUAGCGACCAAGACGCUGACAAAGACCUCGUCGUUAUUUGCACCGACAUCGCAGCACGCGGCCUAGACACCACGAAAGUGGGUGACGUAGUGCAGUUCGAGUUUGCCAGCGACGUGGUGAGUUAUCUGCACCGUAUCGGCCGCACGGGGCGGGCAGGCACAGCAGGGACCGUAACCAGCAUCGAAUCCUCUGAAAACAGCCUCGUGCUGGACAAAAUCCGCGAGGCCGGAGCGUCUACGCUUCAGAACGCCUUCAGUCGUAAGCGCAGUCUCCGAAAGAAGUUCAAAAAGGCGACUACUAGAUCACGUGCCUCUGAAUAG